CAAAGGAACAUUGGAAUUAAUAAUAAUAAUAAUAAAAGCCUUUGUCCAAGGUAGAGAUCUUGUAUAGUUGUAUUACCAAAAGAUUGCCCCUUAACUUGGUGCAAGGCAAACAUUUCUGCAGUGGAUCUGAAAUUGGCAGGAAGGUGCAAGAACAAAACAUUAGGGGGUGGAAUCAUGACUAGAUCAAAACUGCAGGUACUAAAAUGUAAUAUUUCCUAUUCCAGAAGAACCUUGCUUAAACCCUCCCAGUAUUAGCUUAGCAUUCUCGACACAAUGAAUUUCAUCAGCCGCUCUCUUCCAAACUCCGUUCGCCGGUGCCACCAUCAGCAGCGACGCACGCUCUACGACGGCGCGUCAUCAAUCAGAUGCGUCCGGGACCGGGGCCUCGACCACGCCGUGGAGAGGGAGAGGAGCCUCAAGCAGGUGUGGAACAUCAAGAACCUAAUCAAAUCCGAGCUUUCAAAGUCUCUCCCUCUCAACCUCAUCACUCAAUCCAAAGACUCCCUGGAAAUCCCCACCCGCCCCAUCGAAUUCCUCCGCAAAUACCCCGCAAUUUUCCAAGAAUUUUUCCCGGGCAGCGUUAACAUCCACCCCCACAUCAAACUCACCCACGAAGCCCUCACCCUCGAUUCGGAAGAGCAGCUGCUCCACGAGAGCGUCAGCUACCGGGAAAAUGUGGCGGACCGGCUCUUGAAGCUUCUGAUGAUUGGUAAAACUAACAAAAUCCCGUUGUCUGUUCUUGAUAGGCUUAAAUGGGAUCUGGGUUUGCCCCAAGAUUACGCGAAAAUGAUAGUCCCUGAGUUCCCGGAUUAUUUCCGGGUCAGCAAUGGCGGAGAUGCGGCAAUGUUGGAAUUGGUUUGUUGGAGCCAUGAGCUUGCUGUUUCCGAGAUGGAAAAGAAAUCAUUGAAGGGGGAAAGUGAAGGGUUUUGUUUGAAAUAUUCCAACGGUUUCGAGAUGGAUAAAAAGCACAAGAAAUGGGUUGAUGAGUGGCAGAAGUUGCCUUACUUUUCACCUUAUAACAACUCAAUGCACCUUUCUUCAAAGAGUGAUGAAUCAGAUAAAUGGGUUGUUGGGAUUUUGCAUGAAGUUCUUAGUCUUUGUAUUGGGAAGAAGGCAGAGAAGGAGAAUGUGCUUGUUCUGGGAGAGUAUUUGGGGCUAAGGUCUAGAUUUAAGAGGGCAUUUCUGCAGCAUCCUGGAAUCUUUUAUGUUUCAAGUAAGAUUGGCACACAUACUGUGGUUUUGAAAGAGGCAUAUAAAAGAGGUGUUUUGCUUGGUAAGUGUUCUAUGAUGGAAAUGAGGUUUAAAUAUAUUCGCUUGAUGAAUAAGGUGACUGAGGAUGAAAAAUCAAAAGGUGUACAUGAAAAAACUAGUCAUGAUAAGAAGGAAAAGAAGUCAGAGAAGUUCGAUUCUGAGGAUUGUGAGGAUGGGAAUGUCGAAGAAGAUGAAGAUGGAGAUUUUAGUAGUGACUAUGAUGAUGAGGAGGAGAGAAAUGAGGAUCAAAAAGAAAAGAGUGGAGGAAAAUUGAGUUUUAACACAAAAUUCAAAGAGAAUCCUUCAAGAAGCAUGCCAAGGAGGUUAGCUCAAAGAAAUUCCACGGAAAGGAGUUCUCCAAGACCCUAUAGGAGAACUGGAAGACAUCGUGAUAUUCAGGAGGGGAAGGAAACUAACAAUGGAGGGGGAUUGAAUUUUAACAAAAAAAUUGAAGGGAAGAAGCCUUCAAGAGCCAUGCCAAUGAGGUUAAAUGGGAGAAAUUUCAAACAAAACAAGGACAGAAGUUCGACUGAGAUUUUCUAGGAGAACAAAGAGUCAUUAGAGACCACAGAACAAAUCAAAUGUGGUUGAAGUUGAGUAGGACUCCCAUAUGGUGAAGGUUCAUUAAUUUGCAGAGUGCAGAAACAAUAAAAUAAAGUUAAGACUGACAGGUGUUGGGAGGGGAAAUUGUGGGCCGAGGCCGGUGAAGGGUGUCCAGCACUGCCUCUCGAAAAUAUGAUGGCGGUAUAAGGAAAUAAAGUUGCGGUCUAUAAAGAAAUAAAGUUGCGCCUUUGCUACAAGCUAUAGCUUUCAAUGUAGUGGUAAGUGGUUGAUAAAUUUUGCUUCUUCAUCCUUUGUUCUUGUUAUACACUUAGCUUCUGGUAAAAUUAUUUGUUUUAGUAUU